CUCCAGAGCAAUAGCCGCUCAUUCACAUAUUUCUAUUAUCCUCCCAGCGCGGUCGCAAAGUUUUCGAAAAAAAAACAAACGAAUAAAAGAAAGCUCAUCCUGCUGAAAUUCUAAAUCCAACAUCUCACCUGGUUUCACAGCCCACGCCAUGAGGAGUGUUCUAGUCACCGGAGCGAGCGGCCUUCUCGGACGCCAGGUACACAAAGUCUUUCAACUAGAUGGCUGGAAUGCUGUUGGGACUGCCUUAAGCAGACCGAAUCCACCAAGCAUCAUCAAGGUAGACAUUACUAAUGCCGAAGAAUUCGAGCGUGCGCUCGACGAAGUCAAACCACAAGCCGUUGUCCACUGCGCUGCCAAUAGAUUUCCGGAUUCUUGCACCGCAAACCCAGAGGCUGCCAAAAAACUCAAUGUUGACGCAAGCCGCGCCAUAGCUUCUGCCACUACCUCUCGUGGAAUCCUCCUCAUCUACAUCUCAACCGACUACGUCUUCUCUGGCCAACCAGGCCAAGCACCGUACACGCCUAACUCUGCAACCGACCCGCCAAAUAUCUAUGGCCAAACAAAACUGGACGGAGAGAAGGCUGUGCUGGACGUUAGGAGAACAGCGCCAUCGACCAAGAACAAAGUAGUAAUUCUCCGCCUGCCCAUUCUCUACGGAUCAUGUGACGAGCCAUCGCAAAGUGCCGUCAACAUCCUCAUGUCCCAGCUCUGGAACGCUCAAAUGAUCAAACCAGGAGAACCCAAAAUCAAAGUCGACGACCACGCCUUACGCUACCCGACAAACACCGAGGACGUCGGCCGCGUGUGCCGUGACAUCUGCAAGCUCUACCUGGAUACUGCGAACACCGCUCAUGAUCUGCCGGAUAUUUUGCAGUUCUCCUCCGAAGAUAGGAUGACGAAAUGGCAGAUUUGUCAGGCUUUCUCGGAUAUUAUGGGUUUGCCUCUUGAUGGCAUGGAACCUUUCAAACCAGAGGAAGAACCGAAAGAUGGGGUCAAGAGACCUUAUGAUUGCCAUCUUGACACCAGCGAGCUAAAAGAUUUGGGCAUUGAUGUGUCUACUGUCGAUUUCCGCACUUGGUGGAGAAGGGAAGUGAGGGCUUUCCGUCACUAAGAGCUGAUGGGUCCAUUUCUCAUGUUGCGGAGCGGACGUCAAUUCUGGGGAACUGGAUAGAAAGAUGGAACAUGCGGCUGUUAACGUAAUGAUGAU